AUGCAGCAUUCAAGGAAUCAGAGUACUGGAAUCUUAUUUGUCUUCUUGGGAUUCUCAGAGUAUCCAAUGAUGUUUUUGAUCAUAUACACCAUCACUGUUUUGGAAAAUAUAGGUAUGAUUUUGGUCAUCAGGAUUAAUGCUAAACUUCACACUCCCAUGUAUUUUUUCCUCAGCCAUUUGUCCUUCAUUGAUCUUUGUUACACCACCGUGAUUGCACCAAAACUGUUAGAUCUUCUGAUAACAGAGGACAGAUCUAUGUCCUUGAAAGGAUGCAUAAUCCAGUUUUAUUUUGGCUGCACUUGUGUGGUGGCCCAAACCUUCAUGCUGGCAGUCAUGGCCUAUGAUCGAUUUGUAGCCAUCUGUAACCCUCUGCUCUAUACUGUGGCUAUGUCUCGUCGGCUCUGUGCUCUUCUAGUAACUGGAACUUAUCUAUGGAGUGGGCUUUGUGCCACCACACUCACAUAUUUUCUUUUGGCACUAUCUUACUGUAAAUCGACCAUCAUUAACCACUUUUGCUGUGAGUACUCUGCCAUUCUCUCUGCAGCCUGUUCUGAUUCUUCCUUCAGCCAGCUGGCAUGCUUGCUAGUUUGUAUGUUCAAUGAGAUUUGCAGUCUCCUGAUCAUCAUCGUCUCCUACGUUGUCAUCUUUGUCACUGUCAUCAAAAUUCCUACCAAAGGAGCACUCCAAAAAGCCUUGUCCACCUGUGCCCCCCACCUGACGGCCAUCUCCUUCUGCCAUGGUAUCAUUCUCCUUCUGUACUGUGUGCUCAAGUCAAAGAGCUCACUGCUCCUGGUUAAGAUAGUCACUGUGUUUUACAGCAUGGUCAUCCCCAUGCUGAAUCCUCUUAUUUACAGCCUAAGAAAUAAGGAUGUAAAGGAGACUUUGAGAAAGUUAAUCCAUGUAAAAAUCCUUUCUCACUCAUAG